UGUGGAUGUGAGGUUUCUUGAUUGCAAGCACUGUACUGUACAUCUGCGACUGCUGUAUCCAGCGGUCUUGUCUUGACUACGUACGAUAUUCUAUAAAGCUUUCGUUGUAUACAUUACACCGAUAUACCCCCAAACCCCAGCAAGCAUCUUAUCCUAUCCUAUCAAGUGCAUGCCAGCCACUGGGAUGCAAUAACUUCCACCACCCUCUUCUUUCUCACCUCACUUGCCCACUGCACCCUUUACCUCAACAAAAAUGCCCUUCCAAUCCCGCUGGUCCAUCGACAUCCCCAGCUGCCACCUCGCCACCCUCCUCUUCACCUCCUCAACCCACCCGCUCUCCCACACCCACCGAUGUUUCCUCGACGCCGCCCGCCCGGACACCCACUACUUCACGGAGCACUCGUUCCGCCUCUGGAGCCAACGGCUCGCCGCGGGGCUCCGGACCGCCGGCCUGCGGCGCGGGGACCGCGUGCUCCUGUUCUCGGGGAACGAUCUGUUCUUCCCCGUCGUGUUCAUGGGAAUCAUCAUGGCGGGCGGCAUCUUCACGGGAGCGAACCCCACCUUUGUGGCGCGGGAGCUGGAGUAUCAGCUGCGGGACUCCGGGGCGACGUUUCUGAUCUGUGCGCGGGGCAGUCUGGAGACCGGGGUGGAAGCUGCCCGGGGAGCGGGGUUGGGGUUGGAUCGGGUGUUUGUGUUUGAUAGUGCGGUCUUUGAAGACAACGAUGAUCUGCAGAGCAAGCUGGACGAGAGGCAGGGUUAUCGCUACUGGGGCGAGUUGAUCGCCUCCGUCGAGGAAGGGAGUCGGUGGGCGUGGGACGAUCUGAUGACCCCCGGCGCGGCGGAGGCGCAGACGCUGGCGCUGAAUUACUCGAGCGGCACGACCGGUCGACCCAAGGGGGUCGAGAUCACGCACAAGAACUACGUCGCCAAUCUGCUGCAGUAUAACUUCCUCUUCUACCUGUACCCGGACUGGGUGCAGCGGCUGGCGCGCGCGCGCUGGCUCUGCUUCCUCCCCAUGUACCAUGCCAUGGCGCAGAAUAUCUUCAUCGCCGCGGCGCUGCGGCGCGGCGUGCCCGUCUACAUCAUGCCCAAGUUCGAUAUGCUGAAGAUGCUCGAGUACACGGAAAGGUUCCGGAUCACGGACCUCAUCCUCGUGCCCCCGGUGGUGGUGGCGUUGGCGAAGCACCCGGCCGUCCGCAGCGGUAGGUAUGAUCUGAGUAGCGUGGAGGGGGUCGCCAGUGGUGCGGCGCCCUUGGGCGCGGAGGUCUGCGAGCAGGUUGAGAAGCUCUGGGAGCCGGGCCGGAUCACGGUCCGUCAAGGUUGGGGAAUGACCGAGACGACAUGUUCACUGUUGGGCUGGGACCCCACGACGAAGACGCACCCAGCAUCGGUGGGUGAGCUGAAUGCGAACUGUGAAGCCAAGAUCAUGGCUGACGAUGACCGGACGGAGCUGGGACCGAGUCAGCGGGGUGAGCUGUGGGUUCGUGGGCAGAAUAUCAUGAAAGGCUACUGGAGGAAUCCCGCCGUAACCAAAGAAACCAAGACUGGAGACGGAUGGUUGAAGACAGGCGAUAUUGCCUUCGUGGAUGAUCAAGGUCUGUUCCAUGUGGUGGACCGGAAAAAGGUAAGCUAGUGAGACAGACGGUCUUCCUGCUCGCCACCUGCGGCGGAUCACGAUCGGACACGCCGGUCCUGCAUGUCUUGUUGCCUCUCUCUAUCUGCGAUGACAAUUUCUGGAAUAGGAAUGACGAUGAGCGCCCUCGAGCAUAUAUCGUGCUGAACUCCGGACAG